CUUGACCAUUCCUCUCUAGAUUCUAGACGUCUUUUUCUUGGAUCCUUCCUCUUUCCCUUUCUUCUUUCAUUCUUUGUUGUAAUGGCGUCGAUAUAAAAAUCAUCAUCAACGGCAUGAAUAACUAAUAGAAACUGAAGCCACUUCUCCCUCUCGUCUGAAACGAAAAUGCUCUCUUUACAAUCAACUGUUCCCUUCACUCUCACAUUGUUCGUCCUUCUUCCCCUUCUUGUUCUCUUAGAGCCGUCUCAUGCCAUUCGAUCGUUUCCUAUCAAAGAAAACGGUGACAGAGGAUGGUUGCCCGUAUUCGCCGAAGCGCCGGAGUACCGAAACGGUGCUGAAUGUCCAGUCUCCUCUUUCAAAGGUUGCAUAACGUCGUGCGAUCCCUCCCAUGUUCACAUCGCCAUGACUCUUGACUCGGAAUACCUCCGAGGUUCCAUAUCUGCGGUUCACUCCGUUCUUAGGCAUGCUUCUUGCCCUGAUAAUGUAUUCUUCCACUUCAUAGUCGCAGAGUCUGAUCCAGCGAGUCCAAGAUCCCUCGAUCAAGUUGUCCGCUCUACUUUUCCUUCUCUGCAUUUCAAGGUUUAUCUAUUCAAAGAAACCGUCGUCAAAAAUCUCAUCUCUUCUUCCAUUCGCCAAGCCCUCGAGAACCCCUUAAACUAUGCAAGAAACUAUUUGGCUGAGAUACUUGAGCCCUGCGUCGAUCGUGUCAUCUAUCUCGACUCCGAUCUCGUCGUCGUUGAUGAUAUACAGAAGCUCUGGAACAUCUCUCUCAGUGGGCUUCGAGUCAUUGGUGCGCCCGAGUAUUGUCACGCGAAUUUUACCAGAUAUUUCACGGAUGGAUUUUGGUCUGAUCCUGCUAUGUCGAGGAUUUUCUUAGGGAGGAAGCCAUGCUACUUUAAUACGGGUGUGAUGGUGAUGGAUCUGGUGAGAUGGAGGCAGGGCAAUUACAGGAAGAGAAUAGAGGGCUGGAUGGAAUUACAGAAAGAGAGGAGGAUCUACGAACUGGGUUCGCUUCCGCCAUUCCUACUUGUUUUUGCCGGAGAUGUUGAAGCUAUCGAUCACAGAUGGAACCAACAUGGUCUUGGUGGGGAUAACGUACUGGGUAGCUGCAGGUCUUUGCAUCCUGGUCCAGUGAGUUUGCUGCAUUGGAGCGGCAAAGGGAAACCGUGGGAGAGACUGGAUGCUGGUACCCCAUGCCCACUUGAUCAUCUCUGGUCACCUUAUGAUCUAUACAAACCUCAGCACCAACAACAAACACAAUAGAAACAACGGCUGCGACAUUUGCACAGAUCGUUUUUAAUCAGAUUUUGAAUUUUUUUCUUCUUUGAUUCUUUUCUAUCUUUAUUCGUCCAAGGCGAUUCUUUCACAUGUGUAUACCGAAGAUAAUAGAAGAGAUUGGAUUUUCAAUUUUUCCCCCUUUUUGAUUGAUUGAUUUUGUUAUAUCUCAUGGUGGAUCUCUUCUUCUUUACUCCUCAUUCUCUUUCUUUCAAAGAAGAAGUUUGUGUAUGCGCUGUUUCAUCUGGCAACGUUUAUGGCACCCACGUGUGAAGAGGUGGCUUUGAUUUCU